CGAGGAAACACGCAGAGGACAAGCACGACAAGUCUGAUAUAUAAAAUACAGCUGAGCGCAGACAGAGGGGAGGAGAGUGGAAUCUUAAGUGACUUUUGAGGUGACAAUAGAGACUGACAUCGCGAGUGUGUGCGCGAGAGAAAGAGAGAGAGAGAAAGAGAGCGCGAGUGAGAGCGCGUGUAGCACCAGCAAUCUGACAAAGCUGCGCUCCCCCGAAGUUUGACAUCCCCAGCGUGCUACAGAGGGAGUUGUACACCGCAGCUGCCAUGGAGCCUCUGAAGUGUACCGGAUCACUAUUUAUUGGAAUUUACCUGUGGGCGACAUUUUGCUGUCAAGGUUGUCAUGGCGGUCAGUACCAGAGGAAGCUGUACAACGACUUGAUGGUAAACUACAACCGUCUGGAAAGACCCGUCCAAAACGACUCUGCAGCAAUUGUUGUGGAACUGGGCCUCACACUGUUACAAAUCAUUGACGUGGAUGAAAAGAACCAGGUGAUGAUCACAAAUGCCUGGCUGCAGAUGUAUUGGACAGACAUUUACCUUGCAUGGAACCCAGACAACUACCCUGGGGUUCAGAACCUGCGCUUCCCUUCCAAUCAGGUCUGGGUCCCAGACAUCCUCCUCUACAACAGUGCUGAUGAGAGGUUUGAUGCUACCUUCCAUACAAAUGUGUUGGUGAAUUAUUCAGGAUCCUGCCAGUACAUCCCACCAGGCAUCCUGAAGAGUACAUGCUACAUCGAUGUGCGGUGGUUCCCCUUCGAUGUGCAGAAGUGUGACCUCAAGUUUGGCUCCUGGACCUACAACGGCUGGCUGCUGGACCUCCAGAUGAUAGAAGCGGACAUCUCCAGCUACAUACCCAACGGGGAAUGGGAUCUAGUGGGUGUGCCGGCAAAGCGCAACGAGCUGUACUAUGACUGCUGUAAGGAGCCCUACCCCGAUGUGACGUUCACAGUCACUAUGCGCCGCAGGACACUUUACUACGGCCUCAACCUGCUCAUCCCCUGCAUGCUGAUCUCAGGUCUGGCCCUGGUGGUCUUCCUGCUCCCCGCUGACUCUGGAGAAAAAAUCUCACUCGGCAUCACCGUGCUGCUGUCUCUAACAGUGUUCAUGUUACUGGUAGCAGAGAUCAUGCCUGCCACGUCAGACUCUGUUCCUCUGAUCGCUCAGUACUUUGCUAGCACCAUGAUGAUUGUGGGCUUGUCUGUGGUGAUGACAGUCCUGGUACUACAGUUCCACCACCAUGACCCCCAUGGAGGGAAGAUGCCUAAAUUGGUGCGAAUUGUCUUACUCAACUGGUGCGCUUGGUUUCUCCGCAUGAAGAAACCUGGAGAGGAAAGAAAAACAGCUGUGAGCUCAAGUAACCCCACCAACUACAAGUACUCCCAGCCUCCUCCUGCUCCUCCUCACCAUACCAGCAGCAACAGCAUUCCGAUGAGCACCAUACCAGGGCAAGCGCCCACCCAGUCAACCACGACCAACGGGAACAUGAACCUGUACUUUGGCUACCACACCAUGGGUACAGAAAACCCCACUUUCCCACCAAGCACAGAUUCAGGCAUGGUGCUGUGCGGCGGCCAUCCUAACGGCUCCUCCCUUCAAGAAACCCACUCAGAACCGUUGCAGACUUUACUGCCAGAGCAGGUACCGCAGAUUUCACGGAUCCUCGACGAGGUGCAGUACAUAGCCGGGAGGUUCCGAGAGCAGGACGAGGGACUGGCGAUUUGCAGCGAGUGGAAGUUUGCAGCGGCGGUGGUGGAUCGGAUGUGCUUGGUGGCUUUCUCUCUCUUCUCCAUCAUCUGCACCUUCACCAUCCUCAUGUCGGCUCCCAAUUUCAUAGAGGCAGUGUCCAAGGACUUUGCAUAAGAGCCCUCUCGUCCCUCGGAAAAACAGAUGCAAAUAUAACACUUAAAAUCCUGACACAAUUAAAACGGUAGCCUCCCUGCUACAAAUACAUGAAGCCACACACGUUUCAGUUAUUUUAAAAGUCCCUCCAUCUUCAAAUGUUUGUGGUUGUUUGGAGAUAGUGUGAUUUUUGCUUUUCAAGGUGGCUCUUUCCUUGCUAGCAGUAUGCAUCGUAGGAGGUUGAGGCUACAUGCUGUGGUUAAUGAUCUAGAAACUCACACUAAUGCACUUACUGCUCUACCACAUCAUGUACCUGCCACCACCUGGGUCUCAUGUCUCAUCAGAGUAUAUACAGAAUACUUCUCCCCUUCGCUGGAAGCGCUUCUCAUCUACAAAUGUCUUAAUGUCUUCAGGUGUUACUUCAGUACAGUCCAUAAAGUUCAAAGUACAGUUUUAGGAAUAAUUUUUAAGGCCUGUUUUCUAGCAAUUAUUUGGCAUUUUGUAGAUAAAUGUUGGUGAAUUUACUGAGAGCUCCAAGUGUUAACCCAUGGCACUGUACAUCUCACUUGUCUUUUAACUUUUUAACUAGAGCUGCAACUCAUCCUAUUUUACUUUGUUAUUCAUUUUACUAACUGUCUUGAUUAUUUGAUCAUUCCUAUUGUACAUAGAAUGUCAGAGAAUAUUGAGACUGU